AUGACAAACCUGGAGCCAACGCCUGCUGACGUGGCAACGACAGGUGAUGACGCGGCCUGGCGAGUGUCAAGGAGAGGGAAAGCAGUUGGAAGAGGGGGAGGGGGAAAGGGUGGAGGACGGGGGGGGGGGGGGGAGGAGGAGGAGGGGGAGGAGGAGGAGGAGGAGGAGGAGGAGGAGGAGGAGGAGGAGGAGGAGGAGGAGGAGGAGGAGGAGGAGGAGGAGGAGGAGAUUGAGGAGGCUGGGUGA